GCUAUUUGUUUAUGCAUCUCUAGGUGCCGAAGAAAUUCACACUAUUUCUUUGAAAAUAAGCUUUAACUAAAUGCUUUACAUAUGGAUAUUUUUGAAAAACAAGAAUCCGAUUUCUGCAAAGUCGAUGUUCCACAGCUGCAUGUACGCAAGGAAAAGAAAGUUAAGGGAAGUAACUCUGUUCAGGGGGAACGAGAACCUCCACAAAACAAAGAGGAAGAGAAAGAACUGUGCAGCAGCCCAGAAGAAGAGCAGGAGAUCAAGACAGACCAUGACGAAAUAUUUGUAAUUCAGGUUGAAGACCUCUCUGAGAAAAACAUCUGUCAAGAGACUGAUGAUGAGCAGCUUCUCUGGAAGCAGGAGAGGAGCUCCAGUCUGGAUGAAGAGAAACCAGAGCUUCCACUGAUCAAAGAGGAGCAGGAGGAGAACUGCAUCGGUGAAGAAGAUCAGCUUGGACUGAAGCAGGAAAAUGAUGAUUUCAUGGUCACUGAGGAUGAUCAGGAAAACAUGGACUCCAACCCAGAACCAAGAGAGAACCCAGUUCUGGAAGGAAACCCUCAGAUCAGAAACAUUGGUCACCUUUUAGGCAACUCUUCCACAUUAGAGAGUCGCUGUCAAACAGACACAGAUGAAAUCAUGGAUGUUCUUAAAUGUUCCGUUUGUGGAAAAACCUUCACUCAUUCACACGUGAAUCAGACCCAGGUGAAGCAACUUGAUGUAAUCCACCCUGGAGUGACACUAGGCCUUUGUGAAGCCUGCAGAAACAGACUGGAUCAAGGUGAUGCUGUGACCGUCCAGCUGAACGCUCCUUCAGAUAAGAAGUCGCAUUCCUGCAAAGUGUGUGGAAAGGUUUUUACUGGACGGGGUAAAUUGAUGACUCACAUGAAAAUACACACAGGUGAGAGGCCCUUUUCAUGCGAAACAUGUGGCAAAAGUUUCAUUCAAAGGAGCGAUUUAACUGUCCAUACAAGAUCUCACACAGGUGAAAAGCCAUUUUCUUGUGAAAUUUGUGAAAAGGCGUUUAGUUAUGCCCAUGGUUUAAACACACAUUUAAGGACUCACACAAAUGAAAGGCCGUACUCCUGUGAAAUGUGUGGAAAGAAUUUCAUCCGAAAUAGUAACCUGACAGACCACAUGAGGACUCACACGGGCGAGAAGCCUUUUACUUGUCAAACAUGCCGAAAAGCUUUCCGUCAUGCCUACAGUUUGACACAACACAUGAGAACUCACACAGGCGAGAAGCCUUUUUCUUGUGAAGUGUGCCAAAAAGCUUUCCGUCAUGCUUACGGUUUAGCCUACCACAUGAGCAUCCACACAGGUGAAAGGCGUCAUUCUUGUAAAACAUGUGGGAAAAGGUUUUUUGCGUCCUCUUCAUUAACCGUCCACAUGAGGACUCACACAAACGGGAAGAUUCUUUGUUGUAAAUUAUGUGGAAUCUGUUUCGAUGAAAGGGAUGCUUUGACCGCUCAUAUGAAAGUUCACACAUCCGAGGAGCCAUAGUUUGAAAUUACAAAAAAAGAGACAUUUGUGUGCAAUAUUUAGGAAUGAAGCAAAAUGUUGGAUAGUUAAUACACAUUUUUUCUAUCCAGUAGAGACAUUUAUCAGGAUUUACAUAAAUUAAAAAUGGAUUUCUCACAUGAAGAUUUUGGGUAUAGAUUACCUAUUAGUUGAAUUGUGUAAGAUUUUGCAUUAGAGUAUGACAGAUGACUGAAAGUACAAACGUUUUUUGUUUUUUUUCAUUUAUGUGUGGUUUAAACUUUUUAUGUGUGUUUUUUAAUAAUAUGUAAUUAAUCAGAACUGUAAUAAACUGCUGAUGAAGAUGAACUUUUU